UCUCCCAUGAAGAGCUAAUACAGAGUGGUGCAUGAAAAAUCAUCCCUCAGGCCGAUAGAAUACAUCUUUGAAGCUCCUUCGCACACGGCUGUAGACAUCUGCCUCACAGCUUUCGUCCUCACGAGAACUUCUGUGAUCCUGACGAGCUUGAGGCGAUGUUAACUCUGUUGUGCAGGAAAGUGUAAAGGGAAAACACUCGAUCACUCUCUGCAGACAACAAAGAUGUUGCUCAUGAUCAUCGUUUUCCUCAUCGUGGUAAUGUUUGCAGUUUUGCAAAAAUUUGCUACAGAAAUAACUGUAAAAGUUGGCAACUGUAUCUUCUCACCUGAUGAUGCUGAACUUGACCUCAGAGCACAAAUUCGAGACCUGAAAGACCAGCAGGCUCAAAUCAGCAUGAUUGAUGAAUUUGCUCGUUACAUGAAGCUUCAACGACAGAUUGACAAGUUCCUUUCUCAGGUCAAAGAAAGUAAGAAAGAAACUUACUAUGCUGGAUACUGGUGUGAAAAUUGGAAUACAUGUUCUGCAUGGCUUCAUAAUGCUGGUUUUGGUGCUACUUUACCGAAGUCAACCCUGAUGCUGCUGCCAGAAAGGUGGUUCUUCCCUGUGCAACGUUUUGUAUCUUUUCCUUCUGGUGUUUCAGGUGGUGUUGGAAUAGUAUGCUGGAUUUUGGUUUGCAACUCAGUGGUGAUGCGUGCAAAACGGUUACUGGCUAUUUCAUCAAGCAAGUCAAUGUAAAAUACAAUUUGAAAUUGAAAAUAAGUCUGUGCCUUAGGUUUGAGUAGGUUGAAGUAUAUAAGCACCUGUACAUGCAGUAUACAUAGAGGGAGACAAGUAUAGCCCUGCCUGCUUCUCAUCCAAAACAGUUGUAAACUGUUCAAAAAAUGUGAAUAAUAAUGUAUAAUAUUGCAUGCAUGAGUGUCUGUGUGUGUGUUAGAGAAAGAAAACAUGUAUGAAAGUGAACAUAAUUCUGCGUGUGAGGAAAUAUCCACUGUCAAAGUUGUUAUUUUGCCAGCUUCAUAGAUAAAAGUCCAAGCACGAAUGAGAGAGCAAAUUCAGCUGCCACAAAUACUCAUGUUCAUUUUUUUAGAGGUUGUGAUUUUGUUUUUUAUUUGUAAUAUUUCCUAUUAUUGGAUAAGAUAGAAACUUCAAUAAAACAUGCUUUCCCAAAAACUCAGGAAAAAA